AUCUGCUAUCCCGCAAAAUCAAUCAUUCGUCAGAAAUGUGUGAGGAAAUAUUUCUUGUUUCAACUACUUGAGGAAAACACUCCGCUCAAGUGCACAAACAGGUCUGCUUAGUUGAAACCAGCGCAUUAUAGUAAUCUCAGGCUGUUGCCGGGGCUGCUUGGAGGUACCUAAUUACAUUCACCACAGCAACGCACAAUAAAGUGAUUGCAAGUUGCGCGUAACUUCCAGCUCUUCAUCCUCCACUGGCGUUGAUAAGGACAUUGUCUCUUCUUUUCUCAAUCGUCCAGGAUACUUCCAAGUCACUGCACAGGCUUGCGGCGGCGCGGCAACCAUCCAGCCACAUCAUCGACGAGAUUACUUCUAAUUCAAUCUAGCGGCAGCCUGGUACUAUCCUCACGAGGCGAACUCUAGACCAAUUGUCGUCAUGGCGUUAGUCACCAAGUCGACAAGACAGCCUUUGGCGACCUAUAAAGACUUGCCAGAUAUGUCGACUGGAGGCGAACUCGGACAUCUAGUCACUGUUGCCGUAGGUCAUGAACGCCGUACAUUCGGAGUUCAUCUGGGCAAACUGGGACCUCUGGCGAAACUAGUAGAAGAUGACGCCUCGGACGUCACGGUGUCAUGGGCCUCCAUAACGCUCCCCAAUGAGAUCCCGGAAACAUUCAAUGCGCUUGUCAAUUGGGUAUACGGUAGUCCACUCCCACGAGCUUCGAAGGCAAUUAAUUACUACGAUGAAAACGGCAAUCUCAUUACUAGUACCGAUGUCGCCCAAAAAAUGCCAUAUCUCGCUUGGUUUGAUGACUACAUACCUGAGGGCGAAGCAAAAGACUCCGCAGCGCGCGACUGGAAACUCAGUGAUGCACUCGCAACCCAGUGCAUGCUGUUAGAUCUUAUGAUGUUCGCGGAUCGCUACGAGUGGGAAGACCUUUACAACGCCGCCAUCGACGCCUUCCGUGCCGGUGAGAUCAAUAUGAUGCGGAAUCAGCCGAGCACACUGCACAUCGCGGUAGUGUACAGCCGGACAGGCGCAGACUCGCCGGUCCGCGAGUUUCUAUGUGACUACGCCUAUGCAUUAGCGAAGAAGAACAGAGAUAUCAUGUGGUAUUGGCGCAAGAACUGGUUUCAGACGGUCCCGGAGUUCCUGGCGGACAUGUUGAAGAGGGUCGAUGGGAAGGGUCCGUUCCAAUACCCAUUUGAGAAUUACCGAAUCCUAGACGACGACGACGGCGACAAAACCAUAGAUAUGAGAACACUCUAUGAAGAGGCUCCGUUGGACUUAGAUGAGACUACUUAUCAUGUCCAUGGAGGGUGUCUCUGGUUAGACUGCAGACGCUCAAGCCAGGGUCUUUGUGCAGCAGAAAUGGAUGAUGCAUGA